UCAGGAGGACGGGAGCAGCAUUCUAACGAUUGAUCACCUUCUGCAUUCUGCAGUGUGCUUCAGGAGGCAGUAUGUCUGUCCUGUACCCGUCUCUGGAGGAUCUGAAGGUGGGCCAGGUCAUCCAGGCCCAAGCCAGAGCCUCACCCAUGAUGCCCACUGUGAUGCCCACUCUGCCAGCUUCGAUGGCUUCUGCACCCCCACUUUCAGAGCUGUAUCCAAACCUAGCAGAACUGGAAAGUUAUAUGGGACUGUCCCUCUCUAGCCAAGAAGUUCAGAAGAAUCUGUCUCCAAUUCCAGAUGGUGACAAUAUGGUGGUCACUAGCCCUGGACCUGGCCAGGUGACAGCGCCAGUAUCUGGGAACGACCUAGGUGUCCUGCGUGCAGAGAUCAAGCCUGGUGUGCGAGAGAUCCACCUGUGCAAGGAUGAGCGGGGCAAGACUGGACUGCGUCUGCAGGCUGUUGACAAGGGGCUCUUUGUGCAGCUGGUCCAGGCCAACACCCCAGCAUCCCUUGUGGGAUUGCGCUUUGGGGACCAGAUCCUGCAGAUUGAUGGGUGUGACUGUGCUGGGUGGAGCACACACAAAGCUCAGAAAGCAUUGAAGAAGGCAUCAGCGGAGAAGAUCGUCAUGGUUGUACGGGACAGGCCGUUCCAGCGGACUGUCACCAUGCACAAAGACAGCUCAGGUCAAGUUGGCUUCUUCAUCAAAAAGGGGAAGAUUGUCUCUGUGGUCAAGGGAAGCUCUGCAGCCCGCAAUGGACUUCUAACCAACCACUACGUGUGUGAGGUGAACGGACAGAACGUCAUUGGGCUGAAGGACAAAAAGAUUAUCGAGAUUCUGACCACAGCUGGAAAUGUUAUCACACUGACCAUCAUCCCCACUGUGAUUUACGAGCAUAUGAUCAAAAAGUUGUCUCCAUUGCUGCUUCACCACACCAUGGACCACUCCAUUCCAGACACCUGAAGUUCCAGGAGGGCAGUGUGGGCUUCCCACCAUCCUGCAGGGAAGACAGCAGUCCUCAGACGACAGGCUGCAGCUGGCUUGCUGCCUGGGUCUGGGUAUUGCAGGGGUGUGUCCCAGGUGGAUGUAUAUUGGAUGGGUCUAAGAUGGCCGGUUCUAGGCCUCCUGGGAUCCUGACUCCUAGCUAUGCUGAGGUACAGGCGGAUUUAGGCAUCUGGCUCUUUGCCCUAGGUGCUGGGCACUUAGGCAGAACAGCAGAAUGUCACUGGGUGCUGCUGUGUCCCUUUGCCUCAUGUAGGAAGUCAGCCCCUUGAUCUGACAGACGGGUGCCUUGUGUGUUGUCUUCAUUGAUCUUUGUCACGGGUUAUGUAUAGACCAAUGGUAACCCUUUCCUGUCUGUAGGCUGGUUGUAACCCUUUACUGUCUUUUAAAUAAAGAGUGGAUUUAAAACACG